UUCCCACGUGCUUGCGGCUUGUCAGACAGUUUUUCUUGUUGCACUCGGGUCAACAAUGAGUGGAGAACACGAAAAUAAGAGUCAGGAGAUCCCCGAGUGCUCCAAAACUGCUGUUCUGGUGGAGAGCCAUCCCCUGCCGCAGGACACUCCAAGGGUCAGAGGCUAUGACUUCAACCGGGGCAUCAAUUACCACGAACUACUCGAGACGUACAAGUACUCUGGCUUCCAAGCCACGAAUUUUGGCCUCGCAGUCGAGGAAAUCAACAAAAUGUUGGAUGAGAGAGGGAAGCCCCUGGGGGAGGGCCAGGAAGACGAUUACGAGGAGGACGAGUUCAUCAGGAGGAAGAGCUCCUGCACCAUCUUCCUGGGGUACACCUCCAACAUGGCGUCUUGCGGAGUCAGGGAGUCCAUUCGGUUCCUCAUUCAACACAAAAUGGUAGAUUGCAUCGUGGCAACUGCUGGAGGUGUUGAGGAGGAUUUGAUAAAGUGCCUGGGGCCCACGUACCUCGGUAAAUUCGAAUUGGAUGGGAAGCAACUGAGGGAUCAAGGGAUAAACAGAAUUGGGAAUCUCCUGGUGCCUAACAGUAAUUAUUGCCUCUUCGAGGACUGGCUGAUGCCUAAACUAGAUGCCAUGCUGCAGGAGCAGAAGGAAAAGGGAACUGUCUGGUCUCCCUCGAAGAUAAUCCGACGUCUCGGAGAAGAGAUAGACAAUCCAGAGUCUAUUUACUACUGGGCAGCGAAGAAUAAAAUUCCAGUGUUCAGUCCUGCUUUGACUGAUGGCAGUCUUGGGGACAUGAUGUAUUUCCAUUCGUUCAAAAAUCCUGGACUGAUCGUUGAUAUUCUAUCAGACUUGAGGAGAUUGAAUACGAUGGCUGUGAAGGCUGUGAAGACUGGAAUGAUUAUAAUUGGGGGUGGCUUGAUCAAGCAUCACAUUUGCAAUGCUAACUUGAUGAGGAACGGUGCCAACUUCUCGGUCUUCCUGAACACAGCCUCCGAGUUCGACGGCAGUGACAGUGGAGCCCGCCCCGACGAGGCAGUCUCCUGGGGAAAAAUUCGAAAGGACGCAACUCCAGUAAAAAUUUACGCAGAGGCCUCCCUAGUCUUCCCCCUCCUCGUGGGGGAGACCUUCGCCCGACGAUUCCACGAAAAAGCCCCAAACCCCUAAUUAAAAGAGACAAUUACCCGAAAAAUCCCCGAUCUCCGAGAAAAAAAAAAUCACCAGAUGCAAUCCCAUUGGAACGUUUCAGGGGCCCUGGCGCCUGCGCUCCACCUGCACCCCCAAUGGAACAGGUGAGAGAUACAGAACAGGGUUGCAAUAGGGGUUGAUAGGCAUCCACUACAGUACAAGAAAUAUCGUUUGUCAGUUGUUUCCCGUGAGCCCGCGCACGCGGACGGGCGUGUGUGUGAAUUAUCAAUCCAUUCCCCCACCCGUACCGUCGUGAAUAAAAUAAUCAUUGAUCCUUAA